UUCUAUCUCUAUAUUUCAGUCCAUACACACAGUAGAUACAAGAGAAGGAGAGAGUUAGAGCUUAGGGCCAACUAUGGAGUUUUAGAGAGAGAGAGAGAGAGAGAGUCAAAAGUGGGUUUACCCUCCAUACUUCAAAUACAUUUCAAUUCGGGUUCCCAUUCACGUCAUAGUACCAGCCCCAGCAUCUCAAAACCGUCCUCCAAUCAUUUCAAAGCCAAAUCGAACUGCACAUUCCGGUCGUCAUCUCCGACGAGCCGUUUUUCACCAAAUCCCGUUUUCUUGCUUAAUCGGCCGGAGGAGAGCUCACAAGAUUUUGAGGCCACUUAUCAUCCAAAAACUAAUCUAUUGAAAGCUCUAGCGAUUCUUGGAGCAGCUGCAAAAGGAACCAUGGCAAUUAAUCAAUCCUGGUUUGCUGCUAAUCAGGAUGUUGCUAUGGCCCUGCUCUUUGGAAUAGGAUAUGCAUGCAUUAUUUUUGAAGAAUAUCUGGCGUUUAAUAAAAGUGGAGUGGGAUUAUUAAUGGCUGUGAGUUUGUGGGUAGUACGAAGCAUUGGGGCUCCCUCAACGGAGGUUGUUGUUUCAGAGUUGACACAUGCAUUUGCUGAAGUCAGUGAAAUAAUAUUUUUCUUGUUGGGUGCAAUGACCAUUGUGGAGAUAGUUGAUGCCCAUCAAGGAUUUAAGUUGGUUACCGACAACAUAACUACUCGAAAGCCAAGGACUCUGCUUUGGGUGGUUGGCUUAGUGACUUUUCCCCUCAGUUCAAUCCUCGACAACCUGACUUCCACUAUUGUCAUGGUUUCCUUAUUGAGGAAACUCGUACCUCCAUCAGAAUACCGCAAGCUUCUAGGGGCUGUUGUUGUGAUAGCAGCAAAUGCUGGUGGUGCAUGGUCUCCUAUUGGUGAUGUAACCACCACUAUGCUGUGGAUACAUGGUCAAAUAACUACAUUGCCAACAAUGAAGGUCUCAAUUGUACCUUGUGCAGUUUCCUUGGCUGUCCCACUGGCUCUUCUAUCACUUACUAGUGAAGUUAAUGAAACGGGACAAGACUCUCCGAAUGUUUUGUCAUCCGAACAAAUGGCCCCUCGAGGACUGCUUGUUUUCUCUGUUGGGAUUGGAGCACUGGUGUUUGUCCCUGUGUUCAAGGCUUUAACAGGUUUACCACCUUUCAUGGGUAUGUUGCUUGGACUUGGAGUUCUUUGGAUUUUGACAGACGCCAUUCAUUACGGUGAAUCAAAUAGGCAAAAGUUGAAGGUACCCCAAGCUUUAUCACGAAUUGACAUCCAAGGAGCCCUUUUCUUCCUUGGGAUCCUUUUGUCUGUCAAAAGCCUGGAGGCAGCAGGGAUACUUCGAGAACUGGCAAAUUACCUUAAUGCCCACAUUCCAAACAUUGAACUGAUUGCGAGUGCAAUAGGGGUUGUAUCAGCAAUUAUAGACAACGUUCCAUUAGUUGCUGCAACAAUGGGAAUGUAUGAUCUCACUUCCUUCCCCCCAGAUUCCGAGUUCUGGCAAUUGGUUGCGUAUUGUGCUGGAACAGGUGGAUCCAUGUUGAUUAUUGGGUCCACUGCAGGAGUUGCAUUUAUGGGAAUGGAGAAGGUGGAUUUCUUUUGGUACUUGCGGAAGGUAUCUGGAGUUGCUUUCGCUGGAUAUGCUGCUGGAAUUACUGCAUAUUUAGCAAUUCACAAUCUCCAUCUCUCUCUCCCUAUGACUGUAGCUCAAGUCCAUUUCCUAUUUGGUUUAUAAGCUAAUUAUUCUCAGCCUUUAGUCCCGUCACGACUAGAAGGCAAUACAUCUCAUGUAAUACUACUGUCGUCGAUCAUUAUAAAUUUGCAACAAUUGGCGGUGCAUGAAGGGUUCGUGGAAAAUAAUAUCCGAAGGAAGUACGGAGACAAUUGGAAGAAAGAAUUACCAGUUCUGGUGAGAAGUACAAUUACCGGCCUUGGAGCGUAUAAUUAUAUAGUUGUUGAAGGUGUAUAAUGUCCUUGAUGCUUACAUUUGUUAAGACUUCUACAAUAAAUGUAACUUUGAUCAUAGUUCAAUAAAAUUCUUGAUUAAUAUAUUACAUGAUCUAGU